AAAAUGAUUAAGCUGGCCCAAACGAAUGGUAGGCCCAAUAGAAAAAACGCACCCCAAAAAUUCCCCAAUCUCGACAUUUCUCCGGAGAAAGGAGAAAAAAUCAGAAAAGAAUGGCAAUUAACUCACUGAGAAGAACACUGUUGAGAGCUUUGAGACCUCUACAGUCGUCGUCGUCGUCGUUUUCAAUUCGAGCACGCCAAAGCUUUCUGCUUCCUUCUCUCUCUAACCGCUCUGUAGAGCCUUCGUUUUCCGCCGAUUGUGCUCCUAGCCUUCGCCCUAAUUUGUCAUGCAACGGCGUCUUUUGCCGCUGUCUGUCUUCUCUGAGUGAGGAGGAGUCUCUUGGGCCCGCCGCCGUUGAUUAUCGCUCUGUGCUGCAGGAAGACGAGUAUCACAGAUUAGCUAAUUCAACCAUUCACAAUCUACUCGAGAAGCUUGAGGUAAUUGUUUGGGAUGUUCUACUUGGAAGGCUUCAGGAGUAUGGUGACUCUGUGGAGGUUGAUGGGUAUGAUGUAGACUAUGGGAAUGAAGUCUUAACCUUGAAGCUUGGGGACUUGGGAACUUAUGUAAUAAACAAGCAAACACCAAAUAGGCAGAUUUGGAUGUCCUCUCCAGUGAGUGGCCCGUCUAGGUUUGAUUGGGAUCAGGAUUCUCGAUCUUGGAUUUACAGGCGAACGAAGCAAGACCUGCUCAAAUUGUUGGAAACUGAGUUGCAAAAGCUCUGUGGUGAACCCGUUAGUCUUUCCUAAAGUCUCUUGAAACGUUGUGUUUUUACUUUUUACAUGAUUUUUUUUAACCUCAGUAAAUCCAUUAACCGACUUUCUUUUUUCUCAUAUCACCUUAUUCUCACGUUGCCUAUGGCCGAAACAAGAUAAAUGGAAAAUUUUGCAUCACUAGCCUUGUUCAUGCAUAGAGUGCCAUGUUAGGACAUGAAUUGUUGGGGUUUUAUCCAAAAAAAACAUUAUAUAUUGACUCAAAUGAAAUAUGAAGGAAAGUGACUUAAGGGUCAAUGAUCAUGUCAUAACAAUAUUAAGAUGUAACAGACCACACAAGACAUAACUACCACAAGUCCU